AUGGCUCCAGCUGCUGCAGGGGAGAGGACAUUGAAGGAGACAGCUACAUGGGCUGUUGCACUUGUUUGUGCGGUUUUCGUGAUCAUUUCUGUUCUUAUUGAACAUGGGAUCCAUUCUCUUGAAAAGUGGUUUCAGAAGCACCACAAGAAGGCCAUGUCUGAGGCUUUAGUGAAAAUCAAAGCUGAGUUGAUGCUGCUGGGGUUCAUAUCUCUGCUAAUUACGGUGGGCCAAAAACCCAUCUCGAAGAUAAGCAUCCCUAAGGGAGCGUCAAACAUCAUGUUUCCAUGCAAGAAGGUGGACUCCCAGGAGGAAGAUGACGGUGACAAUGACAGGAGAAAGUUAUUGUGGUAUGUCGGAGAUGAUGUAACAUGGCGCCGAGGCCUUGCCGCCCCAGCUGGUGGUGGAGAUGAUUACUGUUCCAAUCAUAACAAGGUAGCAUUGAUCUCACAGUCGGGGGUGCACCAACUGCACAUCUUCAUAUUUGUACUUGCCGUCUUCCACGUUCUCUACAGCAUUAUAACCAUAGUUCUGGCAAAAGCCAAAAUGAAGAAAUGGAACGCGUGGGAGCGGGAGACAACAUCUCUGGAAUAUCAAUUUACUAACGAUCCAUCGAGAUUUAGGCUUGCUCAUCAAACGUCAUUUGUUCGGCGGCAUAGCGGCUUAUCAACAACACCUGGCGUCAGAUGGAUUGUGGCAUUUUUCAGGCAAUUUUUUCGUUCCAUAACCAAGGUUGACUAUCUGACUAUGCGACACGGAUUUAUAAAUGCCCAUCUUGCACCAAAUAGCAAAUUCGACUUUCUUAAGUACAUUAAAAGAUCAAUGGAAGAUGACUUUAAGGUGGUCGUCGGUAUCAGCAUACCAUUAUGGAUAUGCUGUAUCCUUUUUCAGCUUUUAAACGUCUAUGGAUGGUACAUGUUAUCAGCAUUGUCAUUCAUACCAUUGGCAAUACUUCUACUAGUUGGAACGAAGCUUGAAAUUAUAAUCAUGGAAAUGGCUCAGCACAUCCAAGAUCGAACAACCGUAGUGAAAGGAGCCCCUGUGGUGGAGCCUAGUAACAAAUAUUUCUGGUUCAAUCGACCUGAUUGGAUUCUUUUCUUGAUACAUUUUACCUUGUUCCAGAACGCGUUCCAAAUUGCUUACUUUCUGUGGAUAUGGUAUGAGUUCAAGUUGAACUCGUGCUUCCAUGAAAAUUUGGCAGAAGUAUUGGCAAGGGUUUUCCUUGGUGUAGCUCUUCAAGUCAUGUGUAGCUAUAUCACCCAAUUCCCAGGCUUCCCCCUCUAUGCCUUGGUGACUCAAAUGGGAUCUCACAUGAAGAAGGCAAUCUUCGAAGAGCAAACGGCAAAAGCUCUACAGAAAUGGCAAAAAGCUGCAAGGGAGAGGAGGAAGCAGAUGAGGAAGGCGGCGGGAGGGGCGGGAGAUGUUUCAACAUCUGGGUUCAUGAGUGGAGAGAAUACACCAAGCCAUGGCUCAUCGCCUAUACACUUGCUCCACAAGUAUAAAACCAACCAUCAUGACAUUGAGAGUGUUGUCAGCUCUCCGAGGGCUUACCACUCUGAAACCGAACUCUCUGAGACUGAAGGUCCUGCACGCCUCUCUGCUGACGAUCUUAAUGAACCAACAAGACAUAACUAUUCCGAAAGGAAUAAUGGAGAUUUCUCUUUUGUUAAGCCUUGA